CGGCAGCACUCACAUUGCUGAAGCAAGAGACUGGGUUUGAUUCUCUUCGCGACUACUUGGAUUAAUUUCGCUGAGGACUUUGUGAUCUCUCUGGCUUUUUUUCCUUUUUCAUUCUUGUUCUUUUCGGAGGAGAUCUCGCUUGCGUCCUUGAAGCUCUUGGAAGAUACAGGCGUCUUGGAAACAUUUGACUUGUUUGGCUCAAAUUUUGCAAUUUCCCCCUGGGGACUGACGUGGGGCGCAUCACUGUGGAUUAUAACUGCACCAUGACGCUGGAGGAGCUCGUGACGUGUGACAAUGCAGCUCAGAAGAUGCAGACGGUGACCGCUGCGGUGGAGGAGCUGCUGGUGGCCGCGCAGCGGCAGGACCGCCUCACCGUGGGGGUGUACGAGUCGGCCAAGCUCAUGAAUGUGGACCCUGACAGCGUGGUCCUGUGCCUCCUGGCCAUCGACGAGGAGGAGGAGGACGACAUCGCGCUGCAGAUCCACUUCACGCUCAUCCAGUCCUUCUGCUGUGACAACGACAUCGACAUCGUGAGGGUGUCCGGCAUGCGGCGGCUGGCGGAGCUGCUGGGGGAGCCGGCCGAGACGCAGGGCGCCGCCGAGGCCCGGGACCUGCACUGCCUGCUGGUCACGAACCCGCACACGGACGCCUGGAAGAGCCGCGGCUUGGUGGAAGUGGCCAGUUACUGUCAAGAGAGCCGCGGCAACAAUCAGUGGGUGCCCUGUAUCUCCCUGCAGGAGCGCUGAGGGCCCCCAGCCACGAAAGCUGUUGCUGCCAAAAAUAAUAAGCGUUGGACCCCCUCCCCACCAGAAACCCCCCCAAAACAACCCAACCCACCAGACCACGGGGGCAGAAGAGUCACUUGAAACUGAGGACGAGCAGAGGGGAGCGUGGGGCCACCUCCCCCCACCCCGGGGAGGGGACAGAGCCGGAAGCAGCGCCCCGGGUGGCAGCCACCGGGAGAGGAGAAGCGGGGACCCCCCCACCGCGGGCCAGCAGGAGAAGGGGUUCCGGGAACCCAGGCCUCAGGGGCAGCGGCCGGAAGGAGGAGCUGUUGUCGCCCCCGCCGUGGUGUCAGAGGGCCUGGAUGGACACUGCACGAGUGGGGAGCGCCACGGCGUCCCCACUCUUCUGGAGGGACCGGAGACAAAUGCAGGCGCAGCGCAGAGGGCUGGAGCCCGCGGCACCGGGAGCUCCCAGCUUGCAAACCACAGACUCUGUGUUGUUACUUUGCACCUGGCGCGUUACUCGGGAGCCUGUCAGGGCCGCGAAGCGUGCAGACUUCUAUUUUUAUUUCCACUGUGCUGGCCUUGUAAUAAAUUUCUCUCAAA